AUGGCAGGCGGCGUGAAAAAGCCCGUCAACAUCUUCCGCCUCAAGGACCUUGGGGAACCGGCUGGCGUCUUCAAUUGGCGCCUCUGGUUUGCCGUUGUGUCCUUUGGCCUUCUUGGUGCUGCUCGUGGUAUUGAUGAGGGUCUCAUCUCCGGCGCCUUCAACUCCCAUGACUUCCAGGACACAAUUCACUACAGUUCCUUCUCCAAAAGUGAACAGGCCAACAUCAAGGCCAAUGUGUCGGCUAUGGUGCAAAUUGGCUCCGUCGCCGGUGCUUUAAUUGCCUUUGUGGUUUGCGAUCGAAUCGGUCGUAUCAUGGCUACUCGGUUCCUUUGCCUCCUCUGGGUUGUCGGUAUUGUCAUCUUCAUGGUUGGAGGUGUCAAUGGCAAUCUUGGCGCCAUCUAUGCCGGCAGAUUCAUUGCAGGUCUUGGCGUUGGGCAGACCCCGGUCGUGGGUCCCGUCUAUAUUGCCGAAGUCGCGCCCGCUUGUAUUCGAGGUCUUUGCACAUGUUUCUUCACUGGUGCCGUCUAUAUUGGCAUUGUCUUGGCCUACUUCACAAACUACGGGUGCAGACUCCAUAUUCCAAACACAAGCCACAACCAGUGGCUUGUCCCCACCAGCUUGCACAUCAUGAUGGCCGGCAUUAUUUUCAUUUUGACCUUUUUGCAAUACGAGUCCCCGCGAUUCCUCGUCAGCAAGGGCAAAAAUGAGAAGGCUAGCCAUGUCAUGGCUCGUCUGCGUAAGCAGGAUCCCGAAAGCGACUACGUUGUUAGAGAAAUCGCCACUAUUCAGGCCGCUUUGGAUCAUGAGCUCGAGGCUAGCAAGGGCGUUGGCUGGGCUGGCAAGCUUAAGGAGAUGUUCCUUGACAAGAGCAACUUGUACCGUGUGUAUAUGGCAACUAUGGUUCAGCUAUUGUCACAGUGGUCUGGUGCCGGUUCCAUCACGCUCUAUGCCCCUGAUCUGUUCAAGAUUCUCGGCAUUACUGGUAGCGAGGAGGGCCUGCUUGUCACAGCCGUCUUUGGUAUCGUGAAGCUUGUCUCGGCCCUUGUGUGUGCUCUCUUCCUCGUUGAUGUUAUCGGACGAAAGCGUGCGCUGCUCACUGGCAUCACCCUGCAAGCAAUUUCUAUGAUCUACGUCGCUGGGUUCUUGACGGCUGUCCCCGAACUCGGCACUGUCGAAGACUUUGUCCUGCCAGCGUCCAAGGUUCCCGCCAGUCGUGGCGCGAUUGCCAUGAUUUACAUCUCUGGCUGCGGAUGGGCCCUCGGUUGGAACUCCAUGCAGUACCUGCUAACUGCAGAGUUGUUCCCCCUGAGAAUUCGUGCUCUGGCCACCUCGUGGGCUAUGACCCUCCAUUUCGCUAAUCAGUACGGUAACUCUCGCGCUGUUCCCAACAUGCUGCUUCCCACCUCUGAUGGCGGCAUUUCACCCAUGGGUACCUUCUGGUGCUUUGCUGCUGUCACUAUCUUAGGUGGUGCUUGGGUGUGGUUCUCCGUCCCCGAGACAAGUGGUCGCAGCCUGGAGAGCAUGGACCGUUUGUUCGACCUUCCUUGGUACAAGAUCGGUCUGCACGGAAACCAGGAUGCUGAGCAGCAGGAUAUGGCAUAUAAUGAGAAGCAGCGCGUGGCUGAGGAGACUCAUGGUACUGGGCAGCAUGUUGAAGGCAAGACGAUUGCGUAA